AUGUUCCCGGAACGAUGUCUGAAAGCGCAAUGUUCGGUGGUGUUCCAUCCGGAAUGUCCAGCUGAUUCGCGGCAAGUCAUUCUUCCACCGCCACCUGGAGAAUGUUGUGGUCGACCGGGAACUUGUCAUUGCGACUUACAAAAAUGCGAGGCAUUCGUUCCGGUUUGUGAGGAAGGCAUGGAACGCGUGUUGGUCAAGGAGGGUGGAAAUCAGCCCGGAUCGUGUUGUGACGUGUUCGAAUGCCGGAAGCGUGAAGUCCAAUGCGAAUCGUUCCGAUGUCCGACACAAGUGUUCGAUGAGGACGAAGGCGUCGACUGCCCGCCCGACAGUAUUCGCCCUGCCGAGCAUGUACCACCUGGAAUGUGCUGUCCGAUUAGACCCGGAUGUCGUUGUCGAGCUGCUGUAUGUCGACCUGCAGUCUGUGAUGAGGGCAAACGUCUCAAUAUCAUUCGAAAGGGUACUGGAACCCCAGGGCGAUGUUGCGAUGAAUGGACAUGCGAAGAUGAUCCGCAGCUUCUUUCAAAAUCGUGUAUACGCGAUGGGAAGACGUAUUCGGAUGGGCAAGAAUGGCACACUUCUUCAUGUGAAGUUUGUCGAUGUAAGAAAGGAGUCGCCGUGUGUAGCAAAAUGACAUGUCCCAAAACACCUGGUGAGUUUUCGUGUUUCCGAGGGUUUUCUUCACUCUAUAAGGCUCAUGCCUGUGAUUGUCAUACGCGGAAGGUGAGUGUUGUCCGGUGUGUGUCGGAUGUCAGACGGAAAAACUCGAGAAGAAACGUAAAAACGAGAGUUGGCAGAAAGAUGACUGCACCACGUAGAUGCACUUGUUCGGAAGAUGGCACACCAGUAUGUGAGAAGCAUAUGUGUAGUACGGAAUGCGAAAAUCCACGUAAAGUCGAAGGACAGUGCUGUCCUGUAUGUGACGAACCACUGCUCUUGACCAUGCCAGUGGCCUGUCCGUCAAUUGAGCACUGCCCAUUGCGAUGUGAAGGCCGGGUUGAUACGGGACGAACGUGGAUGCUUCCAAUGCAGUGCGCUCACGGCUAUACAAAAGACGCGAGCGGUUGUGUGGUGUGUAAGUGCGCGAAAUGCCCACCGCUUCAUCAAUGUCUCAAGCACUGCCUCUACGGUUACGAGACAAACAGUGUCGGAUGCCCUGUGUGCAAAUGCAGAGCAAUUUCACGUAUAGACGCAAAGCUGACGAUACCGGAGAAGCUAGGACGUCUUGCCGGCUGGGACAAAUGUGUCUCGCUUACCGCUUCUGGUCGCAUUGCCGAGAAAGACGGCGGCGAAUGGUGGAGUGAUGGAUGCCGUCACUGCUUCUGCGAACAGAAACAGGAGCAUGCUGCCCGUCUUGCGUGGCCACGUCGAACAAAUCAGUGCUCGCAUCGAAGCACGAACACACCGUGUGCCAAUCACCAGGCUCCGGUCGGAUAUUCACAGAUGGAGAGACCUGGCAACUUGGCUCCAUGUGUCUCCUGCACAUGCCGUGUUGGUCAUGUCCUAUGUCGUGCCGUUGACUGCCCGCCGAUCGCCUGCGACCAUCCUAUCCUGCAUCAUGACGACCAAUGUUGCCCUAGGUAUUGCAUACAUCCAACAAAUAAGAAUACGUGUUCAGGUGCUUCGUGGAGAACGGAUGACUGCACUUCGUGUGAAUGUGGCACUGACGGCAAGAUUGUCUGCUAUCGUCAGCAGUGCGAUACAGAUGCUACUUGUCGCGGGAAACCGCUUACCAUCAAAGGACGGUGUUGUCCUGUAUGUGAAGAUGCCCUCUCGACAUCUGUGUGCUCAUUCGACUCGUCGGUCUAUGCGGUCGGUGAAGAAUGGCGCCAGGAUACAUGCACCAAUUGUUCCUGCCAACCGGGUGGACGAACCGUUUGCCGUCAACUCGUCUGCCCGCAGUGCGUUGAGCCGGUACCCAUUGAAGGACAUUGCUGUCCGUUGUGCAAAGAUCAAGGAUGGGUGGCGUUCAGUGAAGGUGUCGGUUCAUCGCUAGCACCCCCAGUUGCGUCGUUCGAAUCAAUCUACCGUUGGUCGGACUCUGCUUCAUGA